GAAAGUGGCAUGCGUUUCUUCUGCAGGAAAUAAUUUUGAAAUGCUUGUGUUUGGCUUCUUUCUGCGCUAACGGAUGUGGAAAAGAAAAGCGACUUUCCACGCCUUUCUUGCUGUUUUAGCUUAUUACUCAACAUUAAACAACGAGCAGAGAGGAGCAGCAAACAGGUCCGUUUUUAUCCCCAAACUCUACGUUACUUUAUGCUGAUUACGAGGUUCAUUUGUGCAAGAAUGUCUUCCACCCUUAGCCGUAACGUCAUCUGGGAGUCCGAGGGUCUGGUCGCCUACCUCCAUCCCCGGCCCUGGACCCCAGGCUCUGUGAUCCUGGAGCGCAGCACCCCUGGCAGCCUGGGAGGCAGCAUCUUCCACCUGGAGAAGCAGGAGUUCUUAUCGUGGCUGUUAGGGGCGAGAGCUGUUGCAGAGCUGCUGUGUGACAGGCUGGCAGUGCGGAGGUGUGCUCUGGUCAGCAGACCCCAUAGAGAAAGACCUGCACAGAUCUGUGUCCUCCCUCUACAUGGUCUUGAUGCAGAGUGGCGCCCUCACCUGGCAGGAGAAGAGGAGCACAACGCCCAUGACCCUGGGUACUGUACUUCUAAGACUGCUCCAAGAUGGAGUGACUCCAGAUUGACUGAAAUCCAGACUAAGAUUAGAGCCAAACUCCCCCAGCCUGACGCCCCACAUAAUCUGACUUUCCUCGGUGAUGAUCUGGCUCACCCUGGUCUGUUUUCUCGUAUCGUUCGCGGCGAGGAGCAGCAGUGGCGUGUCUGGGAGGAUGAGGGUCAUGUUGCCUUCCUCACUCCAUUUCCAAACUCUCCUGGUUUUACCGUUCUCGUCCCACGCCAACCGUUGACCUCGGAUAUAUUCAGACUUGAAGAAUCAGACUAUGAAGAGCUGGUGCUGGCAGCCCUGAAGGUGUCGAAGCUCUUAGAGGGAGGGUUAGGUGCCUGGGGGGUAGGACUUAUUUUUGAGGGUUUUGAGAUUGACUACGCACAUGCCAAGUUGAUUCCACUGUUCCUACCGCCAUCAUCAGGGACAGGACAAGAUGCCAUGAAACCUACAGCACCUCAGUUUUACCAAACUUAUCCUGGAUAUGUGACAUCAGAGGAUGGACCUGAAGCCAGCCAGGAAAGUUUAAAGGAACUACAUGUGAAAAUUACUCAGACUUAAUGCUGAUACCUGAAGGUUGAUAUUUACUUCAAAUCAUGAAAGGAUCCCCUCUGUUCCUUAAGAUACAUACAGGGAAAAGUACAAAAUUUAUACACAAGAAAUCUGUAUGCCUUCAGUUUUUCUUUGGUAUGGAUGCUAACUUUCUCCACAAAGCAUAUGAAGACGUCCAUCCAUUUUAGUGCUGUACAAUCUGCUAAUAAUGUGCAUUUGCAAUUAUACUGGACAAUAUUUCAAUUCAGGAUUGCGAUUACAUGGUAUGCAUAAAUGUUAUCAUAAGUCUUCCUGCUUGGUUAUCAAGGAAUAGGCAGAGAAUAACGAUGGUUUUGAAGUUUGUAGUUCUCAACCCAACACAUGCAAAUAUUAAGUAUAAAAAAACCCUGAAGUUUUUAAAGUACCGCUUUCAUGAGCAGUAUAUCUUUAUUAUUAUAGGCCACAACAGAGAGCACAGACUAGACCUGCCCUCUUUGAAAAGUGUCUGAGAUAACUUUGGUUAUGAAUUGGCACUCUAAAAACAAAGAUUGAUUGAUUUCAAAAUAACCCAACUUAAAAAAUGUUUUUUUUUUUCUUCUUUGAAAAGUAACGUUACUUCUACAAAGUGCAAAUUCAUUGGCACCCUUGUAAACUUAAAGGUCUUUCUGGGGGUUUUUUUGUAAACUUUUCAAGCAGUGUUAAUUUUGUUGACUGAAACAGCCUCUUUUUCCAUGACAAAAACUAGACUAAGGUUAACAGAGAUAGAUCUGUGAUGACUAAAACUGACAAAAAGAAAGUUUAAAAGUUGUGCAGCUCACACUUAUUUGAGCAGGUCCUCCUGACAGAAAGCAUUUUUUAACAGUUAAGUUCAACAGUCCAGAUAGUAAAUGUAAACACUGUCAAAGGAAUGUUUCAAAAGUUUAUUUCUGAAGAUAAAGUAAUACAUUUAGCUUGUGUUCAAAAGGUCAAAACGCAAAGUGAAAACCUCUGUUUUCAAAAAUAUCGCGUACAUGUGGACUUGGCCUUGAGCCAAUGAGCCAUCAGUGAGUUUAGCUUAGGAAACUUCAAACUUUGUCUAAGAACUAGCUUGUCAUUAGAAGGCAAUUUGUUGUUUGCUGCUAAAACAUUGAAAUAAUUGGCACAAAACUUUCUGAUGACUUGCCUACAGAGUACCACCUGCCAACUUUCUGCCAGCAGUCAGGCUCCACCAACAAAACGUGUCAUCACUGCAAAAAGACAAAUUGGUCUAUAAGUUACUGCACAGUUAUACCAACUGAAAAGUCUGCAAGCGGUCAUAAUCACUGUGUGAACACAGAACUGAGAUUGAAUACUUGAUCCUGUGAAAAUUGUUGUAAGCUGCUGAAUAAUGACUAAAUAAUCAUCCCAAUUUUCAUAAUCAACCUAAAGGUUUUUUUUUUUUUUAUUUUGGUCCUAUAAAAUAAAUGUCAUGUUACAUCUAAGACUGGAAAGACCGGCUUUGAGGUCAGAAACAUUUCUAUCAGUAAUGAAUGAUGAUUAAAUUUAGAUUACUUCCAUUCUUGAAUGUUUAAAUUGAUUUUGAAUAUCAGUUCUGUCAUUAUCAGAGUACAGAAAAAAGUUAUGAACACCUUUUAUACAUUCAUUUUGUUUUAUUCUAAAUGAGACCAAAGAAAUGUUCAUUUAUCAGAAGAAAGAAAAGGUACUCCACAGAUAAAAGUUACAUCACAUGCUUUUGCUAAACCACAUUCACAUCAUUUUCUUCAUUAAAAUAAUUUAAAAACAGCUUUAAAGUUACUAGAUUCCAUUCUCUUUAAGACAACAAAACAGCUGUAGAGCAAAACAAUCUUUAAAGCGUGUAUUUAUCUUCCAUUAAUAACUGUUUUGUAUUUAGUCAGUUAACAGUUUAGCUAAUCUGCAUGCCCACUCAUUAAGCUGAUGCUAACUGGUCCCACAGAGGAUUCCUAAUUAUGAGGCUUAAUUAAUGACUGGAUAAAUGCUCAAUCUGUGCUCUGUAAACCAGUUUUAGCCCCAGGCUGUUAUUGAAAUGGACACAAACAGACCUGUGAGUUAAUGAAGAGGGUUUUUAACAGUCAUUACUGUGGAAACAGAAGACAACAAACUCAUCUCCUAACAUGAAUUAUCUCUGUUUUUUAAAUCUUUGCUGUCAAACUGUAGCAGGCUGCGGCUACUACCAGUUUUUUUAAUAUAUUUUCAGGCUUCUAAUCGUACUCCUCAGGUCAUCAUGGAGUCAGGUAGAGCUCUCUAUAUUUAGAUGAUCUUUAAUGAAUAUGAGAUUUGUAGUAUUAACCACAGCCAGUUAAAUGUUCCUUAUUUUCUUCUGAUCAUGUCAACUGUCUGCUUUUACUCUCAUAAAGGUAAACUUUGU